AUGACCACGACGGAAAACAAUCUUGGAAACUCUACCUACGAACCGCUCGAGGACAAGGAUCUCGCAUUUGGAAUACCAACGAAGAAGCGGAUAUUUUCACUGAAAGAUACAGCAGCGAUUUUCAUCUGCCUGUCAUGCUCAGCUGUAUCUCUGCUUUCCAUCUACCACCAAGGAAUCUCGCUCUAUCUAGGCGAGGCAAAUCAACUAAUCAUUGUCGGCUUUUUGUUGAGCAUUAUGGCAAUCUGUACGAAUCGACAAAUUGCUUUGGCAUCACUUUACUAUGAGGCAAUGCACGAGAAGCCAACUUUACAAUCUUUUGAUGCCCUCUUAAGAAGAAACUAUAUGGGAAGUAAUAUCAAGCUGAAGGUCAGGAUCAUUCUGCUAUUCCUCGCGGCUUUGCCUAUUGAACUCAGCAUCGGAUAUAAGAAAUUUGUCAAUGGCUCAACCAUAUCAAGAAUUGGAGGAUCAAAUGGGAAGUUUGGAUUGAUCGCUGCACCAGGAGAUCAAAAAACUGGCCUGGGCUUUACAUUAAUCUCGGAUGUCUACGGCCCUUUCUGGAAGAGCCCUGGGUUCCCAAAAACCUAUGGAUACAACCUUCUCACCGCAUCAAAUACAACUAGCGCUAUUUUGGAUGGACCAUUUCCCGAUUACGUCCAACACAUUCAAUCAACUAUAGCGACCGAGGAGUGGGUUGCCAUUACCACGGAUGUUAACGCCACAGUAACCCAAAGCCAUUCUUUAUCGGAAGAGGAACGUAGCGACAAGACAUUCUGGCAAAACACGUAUACUGCAUACCUGCAAUAUCGCUUUCCAAAAGCCUGGAACACCAAAGACAUGUUGGACGGGCAAAAUAUUGGUCUUAUGCUCAGCGAAAACAUGUUUAACAUGUCGCAGGCCUUUAUUGGAAUCUGGAACACCACUCAAAAUGAGACUUUCGAAUCAACUACAGAGCGCGUUUUUACAUCUCGCCGCCGUUGCCGCGGCACUUGGAACAUUACGAGUACAUCCAUCACGCUAUCCUCUGCCGCGAUUCUGGAAAGUGAGGAAACUGCAUUACAAAGAACCAACCAGAGCUUGAUCCAAAACAAUCUUCUGGAGAUUUCCAACCUCUUCUAUCUGCUCAUCGGAGAGUAUAAUUGGCGCUCAAAUCCAAGGAUAUCCAACUUGAGAGUGAACAUGGCUCCGGCUCUUGUCAACGCCAUGAUAUGGGCAAGAGUAGUAUCAAUGGAUGGGCCACUAGACAACAUCAGUGCGGAUCCAGAAGCAGUGCAACAAGAAUGGCUUGAUUCUACUUCAUAUACCAAAGCAUCAGACGAAAUUAGCACUGAGAAGAAACGGAGAACCCUAAGACGGCACCCUGUUCUUGGGGUCGUCCUAGUUGUGAAUCCGUUUCUCACUGUUGUUGCCAUAAUUCUUAAGGUUGCAUGGUAUAAAGCCCCGGUUUCUGAUGGAUUUAAUACAGUUGCUAUUCUGGCUAGUUUACAUGGAAAAGAUGCCUCCAUCCUAAGUGGUGCCGGGCUUUCAGGAGAGCUCCAAAAGCCAAUCGGGAUAGGCUUUAGAACAGAAAGUUGUAAAGGAGCGAGCGAGCUUGUGCGAGUCUUUUUACACGAGCCUGGGUAUUCUACAAGGCUGUCACGGGGCCAGGUUUACGGAUAG